UAAGAUUCCAUCCCGCCAUCACAGCACGUGGAAAAUAUCAGAGUCCGUCGCAACAGAUCAGACCUGUGGCAGGCUGCUGCCUGUCAUUUACUUUGCGCCUCUUGCUCAGCGACGUAGCGCGAGCGGCCCCGUCAUGUUCCGGACGCUCCUGACACCGCUCAGGCUGCGCUUCGACUCGUCGCCACGCUCCGCUGUCACCCAAAACAUCGUCACGCCGAUUGUCGCUGAGGAGGAUGAGCUUGAAAACCCGGAGGACUUUGCGAGGGAUGUGCUGGUCGAGCUCAUGCGGAACUCCGUGGAGAAGCUGAAGAUGUCGCAGGACACACACUCGAGGAUGGAGACGCUGGUCGAGAUACAGCGCAUUAUGCUCCAAGACUCGCUAUCCGCAACGAAGGACGUGUUCAGGGAGAUGGAUGGAUUCGUCGGACUCAUGAGUGUUCUCUCCGCAGCGCAUGAGGGAAGCGAGAACGCGGAUGAGGCACAAUUGGGGGAGAUCAUUGAAUGCAGCCGGCUUGCAUUCAUGAUCACGUCGGAAGCGAUGACCGACCACCCGGACAACACUCAGUACUUCAAGGUACGUUGCCCACCCGGGUUCCUGGCGUUGAACUCACAAGUGCUUGACGAUCGAUUUCUGUUGCCCUACUGCAGGCACUGCUAUGAAAAGCCAUGA